AUGUUGACCGCGUACGCGCCGUGCGCCUCUGAACUCAUCGACGAGCUUCGCGACAAGGACUCCGCUCUCGCCGACCUGGACAAACAGAUCGCCUAUGCCCUUGACGGUGAGGAGUUUGACGAGGAAAUUACGGGCGCUAUUGAGUACCACGAGAGGAUCGUGAAAGCCGUCAGCAGACUUCGGUCCGCGCUGAACUCGCAUGCAUCGGUUGGUCCUACCGUCAUCGAAGCCAACCAGCCGAGGCAUACGGAUACAAUUGACGGAUCCAGCAGCUCCAUGGAAGCUGCCCACUCGGACACCAUCGGCCAAAGCCUCGCCGGGAACAGUAGGCCACGAGCACCGGGCUUCCGAGUCGCCUUGCCGAAACUUCAAGUACCCACCUUCAGCAGCGAGAACCGUGAGUUACCGGGUUUCUGGGAGCACUACGAGGCGACCACUCACACGCACCCCAAGCUCACAGACAUCGAAACGUUUAAGUGCUUGAAGCCUAACUUGGCCGGCGCUACGAGGCGAGCCACCGAAGGAACACGCCUGACUGAGAAGAAUUACAACGUUGCCGUCAAGGUCUCCACCGAAGGGUAUGGCCGAAAAGAUCUCGUCGAUGAUCACACAGACAGCCUGCUUGCCAUUGAGCCGAUCGAGACUUCGUCCCAAGUAUCAAGGCUGCAGGACGUGCACGACAAAAUCGAGUUCAGGACCAGCUGUUUGGUCAGCCUUGGCACGCCGUUUGCAGAGAACGCGGCUGUUCCACACCGAGUACUGUUGCGCUCAUUGCCAGAAGACCUGGCUAUCCUGUACCGUAAGCGCACAAAGACCGAAACAGACAUCGCGGACUCUGCAGGGCAAUCGAGAGAAGAGAAAGUGAAGGAAAACCUGAAGUUCAUUGAAACUGAAGGGGAAAGCCGCGAACAGAGGCGAAUCUCACGUGAGAAAACCACCUCAGGGAAAGUGUCACAAAACCGUGAGGCAGCGGACACCUCGACAUCGCCUCAUCUACCGACCACCAUAGCAGUGACAGCGCGGUCAUCAUCACCAGGAGUUACUUCAAGGCCAAGACAGACCGUAUGUCUUCGCUGCAGCAUUCCAGGAGGCGUGACGUGUGAUUGCCGAGCCACACCAUCAGAUGAGGAAAAGCGUGGACGGCUACGGAGGCACGGCAUCGAUUGGGAGGAGCCUCUUCCACUUGACGUCGAGGACUUGCGGAAAUACGUGUGGCAGGGUCUGCUGAACCUACCAGCCUCGAGGUUCAUCAGGCCCAUCAGCCAUGACUCGACCAAGGUCUUGACUGCCAUCGUACGCGGUUUUUCCCCUGCACCUUUCAACCUUUAA